AUGACCUCACUCAAAGUUUAAGACAGAGUUAUGAAGAUAAAUGUUGACGAGCUUGCUAUUUGAGCCUUUGACCAAGUACAUGAUCAUCCCCCACCUAACUGACCCUUUUCACAGGUGGCACCUUUUGUUUAUAAGGAGGGAUCGACAUCACAGAAGAAGAUCUAGGUCUAGAUCCAAAUCUCGCUCUGCUUCACCUGAGAAGAGAAGGAGACGUUCAAGAAGUAGAGAUAGAGACAGAGAUAAAGGGAGACAUAGAGAGAGAAAAAGUCGCUCUAGAGAACGCGAAAGGGAUAGAGGUGAAAGAAGAGAUCGACACGAAAGAGAGAGAAAACGCGGAGACAGUAAAGAAAAGCGGCUUAACAGUUCGAAAUCUGCUCGAUCUGGCAAGGAACGGGCUAAUAGAUCACGCUCUCGUGAUCGAAAGGACAAAGAAAAAGGUGAAAAGGAAGAGUUGCCAUUUGAUCCCUUAAAUCUUGAUAAGGAGGAAGAGCAGAAGCGUUUAGAAAUGGAGAUGCAAAAAAGGCGAGAACGAAUUGAAAGAUGGCGUGCAGAGCGGAAGAAAAAAGAGCAAGAGGCAACCAAAAAAGAUGGAAAAUCUACUAUUCUGGCAAAUUUACAAAUGCCUUCAAAAAAAUGGACUUUAGAAGAUGAAAGCGACGAGGAGACACCCGUUAUGCAAAAUUGUAAUAAAGAUACUCAAGAAGAAGAAGGGGAUUUGAAGGAGGAUAUGGGACUUGUAAAAGAGGAACUUGAAGUAGAAGAUGUUGAUCCACUUGACGCUUUCAUGGCGGAGGUGCAAGAGGAAGUUAGGAAGGUUAAUAAACUCGACAAUAAAAAUCCUAAAACUCUUAAUAAUGGUACAAACACUGGAGCUCCUCAGAGCGGUGGUGUUAUGAUUGUUACUGGAGUAGCUAAACGAAAAGUUCAAAAACAUAAAGGUGAAUUAAUCGAGCAAAAUCAAGAUGGCUUAGAAUAUUCCAGUGAAGAAGAAGGAGAAAACCUUCACGAAACAGCAGCUGGUAUUGCAAACAAGCAAAAAAGGGAACUUGCUAAAGUAGAUCAUACGACAACGGAGUACCAAAUAUUUAGAAAAUCAUUUUACGUUGAGGUUCCUGAAAUAGCUAAAAUGACUAUGGAAGAUGUUGAAGCUUAUAAGGAAGAUCUAGAAGGUAUACGAGUAAAAGGAAAGGGCUGUCCAAAACCAAUUAAAUCCUGGGCUCAGUGUGGUGUAACAAAAAAAGAGUUAGAAGUAUUAAAAAGACUUGGUUAUGAGAAACCAACUCCAAUUCAGUGCCAAGCAAUUCCUGCAAUUAUGUCGGGACGAGAUUUAAUAGGCAUCGCAAAGACAGGAAGUGGAAAAACAUUAGCAUUCCUUUUGCCAAUGUUCAGACAUAUACUAGAUCAACCAGCAUUAUCAGAAGGAGAUGGACCAAUUGCUUUGAUUAUGACUCCAACACGAGAGCUAUGUAUGCAAAUAGGUAAAGAUUCGAAAAAGUUCACGAAAUCUUUGGGACUUUCUCACGUUUGCGUAUAUGGUGGUACUGGUAUAUCAGAGCAAAUUGCGGAAUUGAAGAGGGGAGCCGAAAUAAUUGUUUGUACACCAGGUAGGAUGAUUGACAUGCUGGCAGCUAACAGUGGCAGAGUGACAAAUUUACGGAGAGUAACAUAUGUAGUUUUAGAUGAAGCUGACAGAAUGUUUGACAUGGGUUUCGAACCGCAGGUGAUGCGAAUUAUGGAAAAUGUUCGACCAGAUCGUCAAACUGUUUUAUUCAGUGCUACUUUCCCUCGACAAAUGGAAGCUUUAGCAAGGAAAAUUCUUACACGACCAGUAGAAGUUCAAGUUGGAGGACGUUCUGUUGUUUGCAAAGAAGUCGAGCAACAUGUUGUAGUACUCGAAGAAGAUCAGAAGUUCUACAAGCUCCUUGAGAUCCUGGGACACUAUCAGAAUAAGGGAUCCAUAAUCAUCUUCGUUGAUAAGCAAGAAAAUGCUGAUACAUUGCUAAAAGAUUUAAUGAAAGCAUCCUACUCUUGUAUGUCUUUGCAUGGUGGAAUUGACCAAUGUGACAGAGAUUCAACAAUAUUAGAUUUUAAAGCUGGCCGUACUAAAUUGUUAGUUGCUACAUCUGUAGCAGCAAGAGGUUUGGAUGUAAAAAGUCUCGUUCUUGUAGUCAAUUACGAUUGUCCAAACCAUUACGAAGACUAUGUACAUCGAUGUGGACGAACAGGCAGAGCUGGAAAUAAAGGGUAUGCUUACACGUUCAUUACGCCAGAACAAGAACGAUAUGCCGGUGAUAUUAUACGGGCACAUGAACUAGCAAGCGUUCCUGUACCCGAACCCUUACGACAACUUUGGGAAGAAUAUAAAGCACGUCAAGCAGCAGAUGGUAAAAAGGUUCACACUGGAGGUGGAUUCAGUGGAAAGGGUUUUAAAUUUGAUGAAUCCGAAGCCGCUUUAGCCAAUGAGAAAAAGAAGUUUCAAAAGGCUGCGUUAGGAUUGCAAGAUUCAGAUGACGAAGACAUUGAACAUGAUAUUGAUCAGCAAAUUGAAAGUAUGCUUGCACCAAAAAGAACUGUUCGUGAAAUUGCUAGGCCCUCUGCCACUAACAUUACACUACCUGGUCAGCCUAUAUCGAGUGCAACUGAUAAAUUGGAAUUAGCCAAGAAACUUGCUUCAAAAAUAAAUAUUGCUAAGAACCUAGGGGCGGAAGCGAAAGGAGCCUCACAGCAAGCAGCAGAAGCUAUUCUAAAAGGAGCUGGGCCUACUAAUCUUAUUACGGCUAAAACAGUCGCCGAACAACUCGCUGCAAAAUUAAAUACCAAAUUGAAUUAUCAGCCGAGAGAAGAAGACUUAGUUGAAGGAGAAGGUGAAGGUGGGGAACAAACUUUCCGUAAAUAUGAAGAAGAACUUGAAAUCAAUGAUUUCCCACAACAAGCUAGGUGGCGAGUAACUAGUAAAGAAGCUUUGGCACAAAUUUCGGAAUAUUCGGAGGCUGGUCUUACAGUUAGAGGAACUUACAUAGUAACAGGAAAGGCGCCUCCUGAGGGAGAAAGGAAAUUAUACCUUGCUAUUGAAUCAACGAGUGAAUUAGCAGUUAGUAAAGCGAAAGCUGAGGUUUCUCGAUUAAUUAAAGAAGAAUUGAUAAAACUGCAAGCGUCUGGAACACACACAGGUUCGCGGGGACGUUACAAAGUCUUGUAAAGUUUUGCUAAAAGUGUAUUUUACGUCAUGUAAUAAUAACAAAUUAUCAAAAAAAUAAACUUGAAAUCUCGCUUAGCAAUAAGCUAUUACUGGAAAAC